AUGACUGCUGAGGUUGUUGCUCAAGAAGAAACCCAAACAGCUGAAGUUGUUGCUGCAAAGGUGGAGAAGGUUGUUGAAGGAGAUGAUGUGGAACCAAAGGAAUCAAUGGAUGAACUCAAACCCAAAACGGUGGAGAAGAGUUCAUCUUACAAGGAAGAAAGCAACUUCCUUUCUGAUCUGAAAGAGUUUGAGAGGAAGGCUUUGAAUGAGCUCAAGUCAAAGCUUGAGGAAGCUAUAUUGGAGAACACCCUCUUUGAGAAAGAAAAGAAGGAGGCUUCAACGGUUGCUGAAGAGAAGAAAGAUGGUGAAGAGAGUGAGAAACCAGUGAAGGAAGAGGAGAAAAGUGUUGGAGUAGUUGAAAAGGAUGUAUCUUUGUGGGGAGUAUCACUUUUUCCAAGCAAAGGAGGAGAGGGUCUUGAUGUGGUUCUGUUGAAGUUCUUGAGGGCUAGAGAGUUCAAAGUCAAUGAUGCAUUUGAGAUGCUGAAGAAGACCCUUAAAUGGAGGAGGGAAUCGAAGAUUGAUUCUGUUCUUGAUGAGGAAUUUUGCUCUGACUUGGCCUCUGCAGCUUACAUGAAUGGUGUUGAUCAUGAAGGCCACCCUGUCUGCUACAACAUCUUUGGUGUGUUUGAUAAUGAAGAGCUUUAUCAGAAAACUUUUGGGACAGAAGAGAAGCGCAAUGAAUUCUUAAGAUGGAGGUUUCAGGUUAUGGAGAAGGGUAUUCAAAAGCUAAAUUUGAAGCCAGGUGGUGUGUCUUCCUUGCUUCAAAUCAAUGACCUUAAGAACUCCCCUGGUCCCUCAAAGAAGGAGCUUCGAAUUGCCACAAAGCUAACUGUUGCAAUGUUGCAGGACAAUUACCCAGAGAUGGUGGCUAAAAAUAUUUUCAUCAAUGUUCCUUUUUGGUAUUAUGCUCUCAAUGCCCUUUUAUCUCCUUUCUUAACUCAAAGAACAAAGAGCAAAUUUGUGGUUGCUCGUCCUGCUAAGGUCACUGAAACAUUGGUUAAGUACAUUCCAAUUGAGGAAAUCCCAGUUCAAUAUGGAGGUUUCAAGAGGGAAAAUGAUUCUGAGUUCUCUGCUCAAGAUGGUGCUGUUUCAGAACUCAUUCUCAAGGCUGGUUCAACUGCAACUAUUGAGAUUCCUGCAUUGGAGGUUGGAAACACUUUGUGCUGGGAUUUAACUGUUAUGGGUUGGGAGGUAAGUUACAAGGAAGAAUUUGUUCCCACUGAUGAGGGUUCUUACACAGUCAUUGUUCAAAAAGGGAAGAAAAUGGGUCCCCAAGAAGGGCCUAUUAGGAACACUUUCAGGAACAAUGAACCAGGGAAAGUUAUCCUCACUAUAGAGAACACUUCAAACAAGAAGAAAAGGGUUAUGUAUCGUUAUAAGGCCAACAAGAGCUCGUUCUGA